GCUCGCCGCUCUCUCCGCUUUCCUUAUUUUUGUGUUUGCGGAGCCAAAGCGAGUGAAGUGAGAGGCGAGACUCUGAGACCGGAUGAGGAGACGAUUGGAGGACGUUAGGCUAUGAAGAGUUUCGUGGCGAUCUCGACCACUCCGCCGGCGAAGCGUCGGUGGCGCGCCCCCGCCGCGGUGGUGCUCGUUCUCGUCUUCUUCUCGCUGCUCGUACCCCUGGAUUUCCUCCUCGGUCUUCACGACCGCUUCCCCUCCGGUUACUUGACUGAUGAUCGCCGACCUCCGGAAACUAGUUCUUGGAACUUUGGUCGUUUGGGUGGUGUUGGUAGUUCUUCUGAGGGUGAUGUAUCAAGCAUUGAGAGGCUCGUCAAAAGAUUUGAACCCACCUUCUCAAAGGAUGUUAAUGCGAGUGACCUGUCCAAAACUGGUGAUCUGCUAAAUCAAAGGCCUGACACUAACUCCACAGGGCAGUUGGUUGUAGCAGGGAAGGGCACUGGUUCCAACUCAAAAGAAAUAAAUUUGAACUCUCGUUCUCAAAUAGAGAAUACCAGUACCCACUAUAAAACAGAAGUCAUCAUUUCUCACCGGAAAGCUUUUCCUAAACCACAAGUAGUUCCAUCAAGAUCACUUCCAGACUUGACUGCAAAGCUUGGUAGCAGGGAUGUCAAGAAGAGUAAUGCUGAAGGUGGAAAUGGUGAUGGAAUCAGAAAAGAUUGUCAGUUUACAUUUGGAAGCUAUUGUGUUUGGUCCACAGAGCAUAAAGAAGUAAUGGACGAUUCUACUGUGAAGAAACUCAAAGAUCAGCUCUUUGUCGCCAGAGCUUAUUAUCCAAGCCUUGCAAAACUUAAUGGACAACAAAAGUUAUCUCAUGAUAUGAAGCAAAACAUACAGGAACAUGAGCACAUGCUUAGCGAAGCCAUUGUUGAUGCUGAUCUUCCAACAUUUGUGGAAAAGAAAAUACAGAAAAUGGAGCAGACUAUUGCAAGAACUAAAGCAUGCACUGUAGAUUGCAAAAAUGUUGACAAGAAACUUAGGCAGAUCCUUGAUCUUACUGAGGAUGAAGCCAAUUUUCAUUUGAAGCAAAGUGCAUUCCUCUACCAACUUGGCGUUCAGACCAUGCCCAAAAGUCUUCAUUGCUUGUCAAUGAGAUUGACAGUAGAGUUUUUUAAAUCACUGUCAACAGAUUCCAAGAACUCUCAUCCUAAUAAACUUGACAGCCCAAAUCUUAUGCAUUUUGUAAUUUUCUCCAAAAACAUACUUGCAGCUGCAGUUACCAUAAAUUCAACAGUUGUGAACUCUCAGGUCAGUCAAAAUAUGAUCUUUCAUGUUGUCACGGAUGCACAAAAUUACUACGGUAUGAAGCUUUGGUUCGUCAGAAAUUCUUAUAAAGAGGCAACUAUUGUGGUCAUCAAUUUUGAAGAACUUAAUUUGGAACACCUUCAUAAUGAUGGCCUCACAAAGCUAUCAUUGCCUGUGGAAUUCCGUGCUUACAUUCAUAAAAUGGAUCAACCAACUACACAAAUGAGCACCGAGUACAUAACAGUUUUUGGUCACUCCCACUAUCUGCUUCCAGAAAUAUUCAAAAAUCUAAAAAGGGUGGUGGUUUUAGAUGAUGAUGUGGUUGUUCAGCGUGAUCUAUCAUCAUUGUGGAACCUUCACUUGCAAGGAAAAGUGAAUGGUGCUAUUGAGUUCUGUAGGCUGAGAUUUGGUCAGCUGAAAAUGCUUUUGGGCAGAAACAGUUAUGAUGCUGACUCUUGUGCAUGGAUGUCAGGAUUAAAUAUUAUUGACUUGGAGAAGUGGAGAGAGCAUAAUGUCACCGGGACAUAUUUGCGACUCCUCGAAAGUUUCGGAACAAAGAAUGAAACAUCUCUUAGAGCUGCAGCUUUUCCAGCAGGCUUACUCGCACUUAAGAAUCUUAUAUACCCCCUCGGUGAAAGGUGGUCUUUGCUAGGGCUUGGCCACAACUACAGUGUCAAUGUAGAGGAUAUGAAGACUGCUACAUCAUUGCAUUACAAUGGCCAAAUGAAACCUUGGCUUGAUCUCGGUAUACCAGAAUACAAAAAAUACUGGAAGAUAUAUCUUACACAGGAUGAAAAGUUUAUGGAUGAAUGCAAUGUAAAUCCAUAGCUGAUACUGUAUCUUUGCGUAAAGUUUUGGCAUGUCCCCAACAGUGCAGGUAGACCGGUGGCGGAUGACAAAUUAAUCUAUCGUUUGUUCUCUGAUACUAGAAUAUAUUCCUGUAUGUUGGUUGUCAGAAUCUAAGGGUAGCUGCAUCAGGUAAAAUGAGGACAAGAAGCAUUCUUAGAAAAUUAAGAGGUUUGGAAGAGAGCUUUGUCAAGCCAUUACUAGAGAAAGCAGCUGAGGGUCCUGAGACUAGACACUGUCAUGGUGAUAAGUCAACGGAAAAAAAUCCUGGUAUAACAAGAGAUGUGAUUACAGAGACCGCGGAAUGUAAUGUCGCGGUUCUGGUAAUUGUGUUCUGACUAUGAAUGUUGAUUUUGCCAUUCAUAUUCUGAUU